AUGGGUUCACAAGACGAGAACCUUUGUCCCUCCGAGCGGAUCAAACUAAAGCGAAAGAGAAACAGAGUUCCAGUAUCAUGUACGAUUUGUCGUCGUCGAAAAGUGAAGUGUGAUAAGAAAAAACCGAUUUGCACUAACUGUAAGAAAAAUGGUGUUCCUCAUUUAUGCUAUUAUCUAGAGCCCUCGUGGGCCAAACCACUGGUAAACAGUGAGCUUCUUUCAAUGGGUGGCAAUCCGGAGCAGUUGACGAGUGCUCAACCCGUCCCUGCGUCCAUUAUUGUCAAUACUCCCAGUAAUACCUUAGAUCAUAACCAAAGUGACUCAAUCCAAAAAGACGAGGAGGUCCGACAACUUCGUCAAAGAGUCCAGGAUCUGGAGAAGCUGCUGAUGGAAAAAGGCGACACUGGGGCCCAGAUACAUCGAAAUGCUGAUGGAUCCCUCCCCGAUGACAGGGAAGUGGUGAAUCUAAUAGCAAACUCGGAUAUCUUAUACACGACCAGACACGAACAAAAGUUCAUGUUCCCCUUGAUCUACAAAAUCAACAUAUUCUCCUGGCUCUUCAUUACCAAGACUGAUGCCUAUCUGAACGAUUUGUGGCAGAAGAUUUUCAACUUGAGACGACAUUAUGAGUACUAUUACAAUAACCAUACAGUGGCCGAUGCGUCACUGGCAUCUUUGGGAUCCUUGUCUACUCCACUCAAAAAUUCCUUAUCAUCCGGAUCUAAUUUUCAGGAACCCAAUACCCUUGCCGUGGACUUUACCUCUGGCCUUUCCAACUCCUCUAAACGUCCCUUUGAGCACAUGGAUCAAUCGAACCAAUCAGACUUCAAGGAAACUGAAAUUAAAAAGGAAGUUCUAUCAUCAGAUAGGACGAUAAGUCAAACCACAACUCCCUCAUCCAACGAUUCCUCAUCGGGUGCUGCUCCAACUUCCAUGUGCCCCGUCACCGGAGAGAUGGGACAAUGCCCUGUCUCGGGUAACAUGGAGAAAGACGUUGUUAAUAUGAAGGAGGUGAACCUCUUGAGUGGUAAUACCGGAAAAUGUCCUGUAAUUCCAACUUCUGAGUCCGUUUUCCCCAACUUGUCUUCAGAGGAAGACAAGAACGAACCCAGAGUAUGCCCCUUGAUGAUUGGAGAUGCAAGAUCUCUCUUUAGAGAGAAAUUGUCCAAGUUGAAUGACACUAACUUGGCAAAAAGAGCACUGGUUGCGUCGGCCUAUAACUCUCCAAUGUUGGAUUCGACAAACACAGCAAUGAACCAUAACCCAGGAUCCGUGCAGAUGAAAAAAUCUAGCAGCGAUGAAAGCAAGAUUAGUCCUUCUAAUACGCCUUCCCCAAGUGUGUAUCAAUCGCCUCUAACUCUUACCCCAAUGCAGUUAGAUACAUCUCAAGAUGACGACAAAUGGAAUGGCGGAAAUACUGGGUGCCCUGUUCUUGGAUGUGAUAUGAACAGCAAGAAGCCCAAAUCUAGCAAGAAAAAAAUAAAGACCUUCACCAUUACAUCUGUCAAGCAUCUAAAUUACUCGAAUACCAAGCAGGCGAUCAACAUUAUAGAGAAAAACAUACCUCCUAGAAAAGUAUGUUGGCUACUUGUGGAUCGAUUUUUUGACCUCCUUUACCUUCAAUUUCCCUGCAUUGACGAGGUUUCAUUCCGCAAAAAAGUGGCUAGCAUUAUUGGUCCUAAAGAUGGUUCUACAAAUAAAAUCAGACUCAGUUCACUGGGAAGCAACUACAAUGAGGACUUCAUGACUGUCUGUCUUUUGAUAUUAUUGAUACGCUUAAGUUGGUUAUCAUUGCCUAUUAAUUUAGCCCGAAAGUACGAUAGACCUCUUACUAAUGAGGAGAAGAUCAUGUCAAAACCGGAGAAUCUAGUCCCCAUGGUUCUAGUUGACCUCAUCAAGGAAAUUUUCACCAACACUAAGAUGUUUGGGAAGCCAUCAAUUGUGAUUCUACAAGUUGGAAUCUUUUUGAAGUGUUACAAUAUUUUUUCUCCGGAAGACGGAUUUGAUUUGGACGAUUCAUACAAUACAUCCAGUGCAAGCGAUGCCACUGGGGAUAUCACUAGCGAAUCGUUAAACCUCAACAGCAUUAAUUUCCUAAGUUCCCUAGUCACUUUAGCCAACACAAUUGGAAUCAACAGAGACCCAUUAUUCUACAGAAAUUUCCAAUCGACUUGUUCCAAUGACUCACAAGCAAACAUAAACCUAUUCCGUAAAAGGCAUUUAUGGAGGAAGCUUUGGUUCACUCUGAUUAGUUUGAAUGUGGUGACUAAUAUCAGUCUUGGAGACUACUCAAAAAUGUUGGCCAUCAACCUGGAUAUGGAUCCUGUCAUGGGCACUCAAAAUAAAUCAUGGGAUUGCAAACUUCCUGGCGAAGUUGAAUCUGAAUUGUUGUCUGAAGCAUUCUCAGACCCAGCGCUUCUGGAAAGAGAACUAAAAGUUGUCUCCAACUACAAGCUGGAAUAUGAGGUUAAUUAUACCAUCUUUCAGGGUAUGGAUCUGCUGAUCAACCAUAGCAAAGUUCCUUCUAAGGAGAAUGUCGAUCUAGUUCUAGGCAAACUGAAUGACAUUGUUAAGAGAGAUGAAAGAUAUACAGGCAUACCUACUCCGUGGGACAUGAAAACAGAGCCGUUCUUGGUAUUCUACGAAGACUCUUCAAACUCUUCCAAGCUUGACAUUGUGGUUAGAAUAUUCAAGUUCAGGCUUUUCUUGACUGCUAAAAUCCUCCUAUUUGUGAUCAACUAUAUAAUGUUCAUUAACUACGAAAAGGAACUACAAAGCUGUCCUGAAGAAAAAAUAGCAACGUAUCAAGGUUACUUCAACCGCUAUUUCGAAGAUACUCUAUUGCUUGCAAUUGAGGAUUACAAGUUAUUUGGAGACUUUUUUGAUAACUCUGCGAAGUAUUUCCCUAAUCAUGGCGGAGAGUUGAUGUUAUACCCAUUUCUGAUGAUUCUCAACCACCGAUCGAAUCAGUUUUUGAUUUCGAUAAUUCUGAGAUUGCAACAGGAUUCAGAACCUACUAUCCAACUUCUGAAUCACAAUGGGAUUGCUAGGGAUGACCUUUUGAUGAGACUAUUCCAAUACUUGAAGAACUUUCUGGAAAAGUUGGAUCAACUCACCAAGAACUACUAUUACGCCUGGAGAUUAAAGAAACUGAUCAGAUUCUUCUAUAAUGUCUUGGUGAACUCCAACAGACUGUUUAGUAUCAACUUUGACAAUUUGAAUUCAGGUAUUGAAAGAAAAUCCAUUCAUGACCGCAAGAACUCAAGUCAAUCGCCUUCGGCAACCAAUCUGUUCAAGAGGCUGAAAGGCAGUAAUAGCAAUAGUUCCAAUAACGUUGCUGAACCUGUGCAAUGUCCCGUGUUCAGAAAUAUUGAUACACAGUUUGUCCCUACAUUGGUGUCCCAGCCUUCCAGCCAACCUGCAAGUGUAAAUGGCAGUUUCAGUCACCAAUCUAAUAACAAGGGCUAUAGACAAAGUAUAGAAACAGAGGGUCCUCAAUCGUCUCAAGCUAAACAGAUUAUGGAAAGCUUUCCACUUUUCAGCAUGGAAAAUAGCGAGAAUAUUCAAAAGAAUAUCGAGUUUCUUAAUGACAAUUUCUUUAUGGACUUGAAUGACUUUGAUGAUGCAGUUGAUGAUUUGACUCCGGUCAGUACAAGCUUUCCUAUGGCGGAGAAUUCAUUAUUUCAAAACAGUAAUGAAAUUGAUUUCACUUAUGCAGAUAUCUCAUCGUUUUCUCGUGAUAGAUUCCCAGCCCAGCAGGAACAGCAACAGCAACAUCAACAACAACAUCAACGUCAACAACAGCAACAGCAACAGCAACAGCAACAUCAGCAACCACAACAACAUCAACAACAUCAGCCACAUCAGCAACAGCAGCAGCAACAUCAUCAACAUCAGAAGACGCAGCAGCAACAGCCGAUUGCUCCAGUUUCCCAGAUGCUUGGCUCGUCAUCUAAUUUACCUAAUGACUCCGUACAACGUUCUUCUCCCAUUUUUCCUGGAUCGCCAAAUAGAAUGAGCGAGAAUGAACAGCUGACUCGUCCGUUCACGCAGAAUUUCACCGGACAGGAAGAACUGCAGGACGGUCAUCAAAAUGAACAGCUCCAACCGAGAUCAUUAACGCCCAGAUCUCAAGAGCAACAUGAGCAGCAGCAGUUGCAACAGAGGCAGCAGCAAAGCUCCCAACUUGGAGUGAACGUUGUAAGGAUGCGAACGGGAAAUACACCCGAGCAACCGCCUCAGGAGCAAUCACAACAGCCUGCUGCCCCUAUUUGGAACUACCCAUAUUAA